UCGUACUUGCGCCGGCGAUAUGAAGGCUCAAUAUCCAAUAUCCAGGUGGUAGAGAAGGAGGACCUUGACAUGAAAAAUCACCUUUCGGGAAUGAAGCGAUCCAUGUUGAAGGUGAGUUUCCCUACUGUACAGCAACUGAUGGAGGUUAAGUCGGAUCUCAUGCCAGCGAUUGAGCGCAAUCAAGCCAAGCAAGCAGCCGCAGAAGCGUAUGAGACGCUCCAACGGAGCCUGAACCAGGGUAGGGAUCAACAUACACGGGUACAAGAUUAUCUGGACCAGAUUGUUGAGAUGCGAGAGUUUGAUGUGCCAUAUCAUGUCCGCUUCGCCAUCGAUAUGGAUGUUCGAUGUGGGCAGUGGUUCACUGUAUCGUCAGAUGAAGGCCAAAUGAAAAUGGAGAGACGUGCCGAUAUUCUGCAGCGAGCUGAGCUUCGGAUAUGCGCCUUUGAUAUCGAAACGACGAAGCUGCCGUUGAAGUUUCCUGAUGCAUCAUACGAUCAAGUCAUGAUGAUUUCAUACAUGAUCGAUGCGCAAGGCUAUCUCAUUAUCAAUCGUGAGGUGGUCGGUGAGGAUAUCGAGGACUUAGAGUACACCCCCAAGCCGGAGUUCCCGGGCCCAUUCAAAGUCUUCAAUGUUGCAAAUGAGAGAGCUGUGCUUCGGAAAUGGUUUGAUCACAUGAGGGAGCUCAAGCCUGGUGUAUAUGUGACGUAUAACGGUGACUUUUUUGAUUGGCCUUUCAUAGAAACCCGUGCUAAGGUGCAUGGGAUGACGAUGUACGAUGAGAUUGGGUUUCGUCACGACGCCAAGGCCGGCGAGUGCCGUAGUAAAUGCUGUUGUCACUUGGAUGCCUUUGCUUGGGUGAAAAGAGACAGUUACCUUCCUCAGGGAAGUCAAGGUCUUAAGGCAGUGACGAAGGCCAAGCUUGGUUAUGAUCCAUUGGAGGUCAACCCAGAGGAUAUGGUUCAGUUUGCAAUAGAGCAGCCUCAGAUGAUGGCGUCUUACUCGGUCUCCGAUGCCGUUGCGACUUAUUACUUGUACAUGACUUACGUGCAUCCAUUCAUUUUCUCACUGGCGACCAUUAUCCCCAUGCCACCGGAUGAAGUGCUGCGCAAAGGCUCAGGGACACUUUGUGAAAUGCUGCUCAUGGUGCAGGCGUUUAAGGCGAACAUCGUCUGUCCAAAUAAGCACCUGAGCAGCGUAGAGAAGAUAUACAAUGGCCAUCUUCUCGAAAGUGAAACAUAUAUUGGGGGCCAUGUUGAAUGCCUUGAAAGCGGUGUCUUUCGAUCAGAUAUUCCCACACGUUUCAGGCUGGAUCCACGAGGCUAUGAGUACCUUUUGGACAAUCUUGACAGGGAUUUGCAAUAUGCAAUAACAGUUGAAGGCAAGAUGGAACUUUCUUCUGUCCUGAAUUAUGAGGAGGUGAAAUCAGAGAUUAAGGCAAAGCUCGAGGCCCUGCGGGACACUCCAAAUCGGGAGGAAUGCCCACUGAUAUACCAUCUUGAUGUGGCCGCAAUGUACCCUAAUAUUAUCCUCACCAACAGGCUUCAGCCUCCCUCUAUUGUCACAGAUGAUGUAUGUGCUGCCUGCGACUUCAACAGGCCAGAGAAAACAUGCUUGCGGAAGCUUGAGUGGGUUUGGCGAGGAGAGACAUUUAUGGCAACAAGAAGUGAGUAUGUUCAUCUGAAGAAUCAGAUCGAGUCAGAGCAAUUUCCCUCGUUAACUGACGGUGGCCCUCCAAGAUUUUUCCGAGACCUUGAUAGCGAGCAGCAGAGCUCAAAACUGAAGGACCGGUUGAAGAAGUAUUGCCAAAAGGUAUACAAAAGAGUGCUUGAUAAGCCGACCACUGAGCACCGUAUCGCUGGCAUCUGUAUGAGAGAGAACCCUUUCUAUGUGGAUACUGUCAAGAGUUUUCGUGAUCGUAGGUAUGAGUACAAGGGCCUAAACAAGGUGUGGAAAGGAAAGCUUGCUGCUGCCAAGGCUAGCGGAAGCCAGAUCAAGACACAAGAAGCUGCGAGGAGCCCGCUGAUUGGUAAACCAUUGGAACUGGACACAGAUGGUAUUUGGUGUGCUUUGCCGGGCUCUUUCCCAGAAAACUUCACGUUCAAAACCAGUAAUGAGAAGAAGAAGUCUUUGACCAUCUCGUAUCCGUGCGUUAUGCUGAACGUUGAUGUUGCAAGGAACAACACGAACGACCAGUAUCAGACCUUGAUCGAUCCAGUCAGACAUAUCUAUAAGACAAGCAGUGAGUGUUCCAUUGAGUUUGAAGUCGAUGGACCAUACAAGGCAAUGAUUCUUCCAGCCUCAAAAGAAGAGGGCGGUGUAAUCAAGAAGCGAUAUGCAGUGUUCAACCAUGAUGGUACACUUGCCGAACUGAAAGGGUUCGAGGUGAAGCGAAGGGGAGAGCUGAAGCUCAUCAAGGUGUUCCAGUCGGAGGUGUUUGAGAAUUUUCUGGGGGGUACAACACUUGAGGAGUGUUAUGAUGCAGUCGCUGCUGUUGCGAACCGAUGGUUGGACAUGCUGGAGGAUUUUACCCGCUAACAUUAGAUAUUGAAUCAUUAUUGUAGCUGUCAGGCAAUGAAACUUGCAACGUGUG